AAGCAUAACGCAAAAAUUAAAUUUCGGUUCAGUCUAUCAGUUUCGUGAGUAGUAGUUACAUUGUAAGAAUUCAUUAAUUUGCAUUCUUUGCUUACAUUCUUGGUAAAAGUAUGAAGACCUUUAUUCUUCUUUGUAUUUUGACUGCUACUGUUGCCAAUCAGGAUGAGUGUCCCGAAAAUGAACACUUCGAGCAAUGUGGCAGUGCAUGCCCAACCACCUGUCAUAAUUACGACGAUUUUCCAAGACCAUGCGUCCCAAUGUGCGUUUCAGGCUGCUUUUGCAACGAAGGAUUGGUCAGAAACGAAAAUAACAUCUGCGUAACACCCCAAAGUUGCCCAUCUAGAUGUCCUGAAAAUGAACAUUUUGAACAAUGUGGAACUUCUUGUCCAUCCACUUGUGAUAACUUCGAUGAUUCGGAAAGAAUAUGCGUCUUGAUGUGCUAUCGAGGUUGCUUUUGCAAUGAAGGAUUGGUCAGAAACGAAAACAACUUGUGUGUAACCCCAGAAGCGUGUCCAUCUGCUUGCCAACAACCGAAGCAGCCCGGACCAUGCUCAGCCACGAUUCACAGAUUUUAUUUCAACAAUGAAACUAGAAAAUGUGAAGAAUUUAUAUAUGGGGGUUGCGAUGGAAACAGAAACAGAUUUCUGAGCAAGGCAGAGUGUGAAACUGCAUGUGUUGGUUAAGAAACUGAAGCUCAAUAAAAGCAACAUAAUGCAUUUGAAUAACAAUACCCAGUAAAGCUUUAUAGAAAUAUUGUUAACGUUUAAUAAAUUUGCUUCUUUGUUUCUUGGAAAUGCCUGUGAAAUCUAUGUAGGAAUAAUAUUUUUAAUAAAGUUUUCGUUCUGCUGCAUGACCUGAAA